CUAGUGAUGAGAACGAAGUCUCUGUCUCUUAGAUCUCUAAGUUCUCUUUUUCGAAGUUGCAAGUAACAGAGCAAAAACGAAAGACCCAAAGGGAAUCGAAUCGGAAGUGGAAUACAGAGAGCUUGGGUUUGGUCUUUCCCUUUCAACUCCCACUUUAAAAAGACGAUAGUGAAAGCGAGGAAUUUCAAAGCCAAAGAUAAUACAAACCAAAGCAAAUAUAGUAUUAUACGCAAACACUAUUGCAUAUUAAUAGCAGCAGCAGUAGUGGUCUCUCUCUUUCUAUAUGGUUUGUUUUUAAGUAGUAGUAUUACUUGUUAAGUAGCUGAAUAGCAGUGAAAAAAGGGUCUUUUUCUUUUCCUUCAAACAUCUAUUCAGUCCAUUGAAACGCCCAGAUUUUUAGCUUCUCUCUUUUCCUGCUUUUGAGGUCUCGCCGUCUUUGGGCUUAGGAACUGCCUUUUGUCUAUAGAGAUUGGUGGCGCAUUAAAGAGAAGCUUUUACUAAAGAGAUCCGUAGCUCAAAGAUUUCUUCUCUUCUUCUUCUUUUUAUUAUUAUUAUUUUUCAUUUUUUGUUCGCUGCUGUUUGAAGACAUUUAUGGCUAUAUCUCUGCAGAAUCUUGGAAUUGAGAAUUCUUAAACACACACUCUCUCUCUCUAUAUAUAUCGCCUCUGCUUUCCCUCCUAACUAUAUCUAAUUGAUAGCCAGCUUACCUGUUUUCCGUUCUGAAGAAAAGGAAAUAAAUUAAGUCAAGCAAAAGUCAGGCUUUGAAAACUUCGUCAUUUUGGGUCAUAGAGAAGGAUCUGCGAUCGGUUUCUUGAUCAAUCUUUUUACGCGAAAGAGACCUCUCAGAACGAGGUUGGUUUUAUAGUGGUGUAUUGGGUUUCUCUUCUUUAGUCUGAUCUACCAGGAUUUAGUAGUUGCCUUUAGAGCAAAACGAAGACAAUGUUGCCUCAGAAGCAAGCAGAAGAAGCAAUAGUCUCCAACUUCAGCGAGACAGAGCAUGAGGGCAAAGAGGAAGAGAAAGAAGAAGAAAACUCCAUGUUUAGCGUUAAGAAUUUUCUCUGGCACGGUGGCUCUGCCUGGGAUGCUUGGUUCAGUUGUGCUUCCAAUCAAGUAGCGCAAGUACUAUUGACACUGCCUUACUCCUUCUCUCAACUGGGUAUGCUGUCAGGGAUUUUGUUUCAAAUAUUCUAUGGGCUUGUAGGAAGCUGGACUGCUUAUCUUAUCAGUGUGCUGUACAUAGAGUACAGAAGCCGAAAGGAGAAAGAGAACGUGAGCUUCAAGAACCAUGUUAUACAGUGGUUUGAAGUGCUUGAUGGGUUACUGGGUCCGUACUGGAAGGCAGUAGGACUUGCGUUCAAUUGUACUUUCCUUCUCUUUGGAUCUGUCAUUCAACUUAUUGCUUGUGCAAGUAACAUAUACUACAUCAACGACCAUUUGGACAAGAGGACAUGGACAUACAUUUUUGGAGCUUGCUGUGCUACUACAGUUUUCAUACCCUCUUUUCACAACUACCGGAUUUGGGCUUUUCUUGGCCUUGGUAUGACCACGUACACUGCCUGGUACCUAGCCAUAGCAGCACUUGUUCAUGGCCAGGUCGAAGGAGUAACGCACACUGGUCCCAAAAAGCUAGUGCUUUACUUCACCGGAGCAACCAACAUCCUGUAUACGUUUGGUGGACACGCUGUUACAGUGGAAAUCAUGCACGCUAUGUGGAAGCCUCAAAAAUUCAAGUACAUAUAUUUACUAGCUACACUCUACGUUUUUACACUAACAAUUCCGUCUGCCACCGCCGUCUACUGGGCUUUCGGCGAUGAACUACUCAAUCAUUCUAACGCCUUCUCUCUUCUCCCCAAAACUGGAUUCCGUGAUGCUGCUGUUAUCUUAAUGCUUAUUCACCAGUUCAUAACAUUUGGAUUCGCAUGUACACCUCUGUACUUUGUGUGGGAGAAGGUGAUAGGAAUGCAUGACACCAAGAGCAUAUGCCUGAGGGCACUUGCAAGGCUGCCGGUGGUGAUACCCAUAUGGUUUUUGGCCAUUAUUUUCCCAUUUUUUGGACCUAUUAACUCUGCAGUUGGUGCACUGCUGGUCAGCUUCACCGUUUACAUCGUCCCAUCUUUGGCCCACAUGCUUACCUACAGAAAAGCCUCUGCUAGACAGAACGCAGCAGAAAAGCCUCCGUCCUUUUUACCAAGCUGGACUGCCAUGUAUGUUGUAAACACCUUUGUGGUGGUGUGGGUUUUGGUUGUUGGUUUUGGGUUCGGUGGAUGGGCCAGCAUGACCAACUUUGUCAAGCAAGUUGACACAUUUGGGCUCUUCGCCAAAUGCUACCAAUGCAAGCCCCCAGUACCUCCACCAGCAGUAGCAGCACCGCCAACUUCUAAUACUACCCAUCAUCCAUGAGAUCGACAAGCUUCAAAUUGAAAUUAAUCUCUUUCUUUCAUAUUUUGUAUCAUACAUGGGGAAGUAGUAGCAAUACUCUCCCUUCCAUGUCAAGUGUGCUGGAUUUUCCUUCUUUCUUUUUCUUUUCCAUUUAUUUUUUCUCCCCAUCUUCCUUAAAUUAGUUGAUAAAAUAGUGUGUUGAUUUGUGAUGAUUCCUUUGCUAUCAAAGCAUAGGCUAAUUAAAUCAGAAGUAUAAUAUAAUAUAUAAAUAUUUAAUCUU